AAGGCACCACUGUAUUUCUGCAGUGUGGAUGCACCUCCUGUGACAAGGUUUGCUUUACAGUUACUAUGAACUGAAAUCAACGUGAAAGCAUGCAUCAACAAGAACUACAUGUGGAAGAUUAUAUUCCAUAAUAUGUCACAAAUGAUGCAAUAACACUUAAUUUUAAAAUAUUCAACCUCAGACUAAUAUGGAAAAGGUGGGCAGUGUGUCUCAUAUGUCCACAACUCCUUUUUGGCAGUCCCGAAAUUCUUCGUCACCCAAGCUUUCUACAGUCCCUAGUAUCCCCACGCACAUAAAAAGUAACCCCCUCCCCCCAAAAAAAAAGUUGGUAAAAAACACCUGGAGCAAGAUUGGAUAUCCCGCCUCCAUAAGUAUUAAAAAUUGGUCCCCAAAACCCAGAAAUGUAAAAUAGAAGUAGAAUUCUGCUCAUGCUGGGUCUUUGGCAAAAAUGUGCAAGUGCAGCAUGAUUCUUUGCACACUUACAAGAAACUAAGGCCUUCUGAACUCGUUUAUAUUUGAGUAAAUAUGCACUGGAUCUGGUUUCAACAAUGACAGUAACUCUAGGAAAAGAGAAUUAGUUCUACUAUUUAUUUAUUCAUGCUCCAUUCCACCCCAUGAAUAAAUACAUCCUAGACACAAAAGGUCACAGUUCUGUUUUUCUAAUUGGCAUCAGUAUUGGGUAGGUCUAAUGUCUAAUUUAUUGUGAAUUUUUAUCUGGAGUUUUGUGGACCUCAGAAAAUGAAAGGUUUGCAGGAACAAGCAUCCUGACGUUUUUCUCCUCUUUUUUCAUCCAUUGAUUUUUGUGUAUGUGUGCAUGUGAGCGAAUAUGUUUUGACUAUUUGAACAUGAGUUAGUUCGUUACUCACAUUUCAAAAGAUGGGGGAAUAUGAAUCAAGGCGAGGAACAAAAGAAGUGACAUAUUUGGAAGUUUACACUUGAUUCUGGCAGGGUAUUGUUUCUGUAGUAAUUCAAUCAAAUGCAGUAGCAGUGCUGUCAUCACUGUGUUUCAACCUUUGAAAUUUAGAACUAAGAGAUUUGCAGCAGUGCGAAUUAGCCAAGCAACUAUAUUAUUUUAAAAUAUGCAUUCAAAAAGUAUUCACACUUUAUCCUGGAAAAGAAAAUACUUUAUAAGCCUCCCCUUUACACCCAAAUUUCCAUUUUUCCAUUAAACUGGAUGAAAGACCAAAUCUAAUCUGUGUGCAUGUUUUCCUAAACACACAAGGCCUUCUCAUUUUUAUGCCAAAGCAAAUUGCUGUUCUGUGAUUUCUCUCAAUGCCAAGAUUCCAAUCAGGAUUUCCUUCCUGGCUCUACCUGCUCUAGCAAUCAUCAUCAUCAUCACCACCAUCAUCCUCCACCACCUGCAGGCCUUAAGUUUAGUUGACAUUCAUCUGUGCUGUGGCUUAGUUUUGUGAAAGAACAUGAGAAAGAACAAAAGUGAAGAGACUGAGGAAAGUGCUUCUCUUGUCACAAUUGAAAAAAAUCAGUCCACUCCUACAUGUCUGGGAAUGUCUGAGGAGCAGCAACAUUCAGACACACAAACACUGGUCUUUGCCCUUUUUGCAUGAGAGAUGUUUGACAGCCACAUGAUGGAGGCAGAGGAGGAGCAUCUGCUUCUGGACCCAGGGAGUCUGCUCAAGCUCUACUGCAGCACCAGUCACAGCCUGGUUAUCUCAUGGUAUAAAGAAACUAAACAGCUUUUUCCAAGUGGACGUAUCCACAUGCGCCAGAGCAUGCUGGAGAUUGCAGAAGUAACCUAUGAGGAUUCGGGGCUGUACUCAUGCCGUGCACGGAGCACUGGGGAAACACUACGCAACUUCACCAUCUCUGUUGUAGAUUCCUUGGCAUCAGGUGAUGAUGAUGAAGACAGUGAUGUUGACAGUUCCCACAUCGAUUCUAAUGAGGAGCCCAUACAAACCCGGCGAGCACCCUACUGGACACAUCCACAUCGAAUGGAUAAGAAGUUGUAUGCUGUCCCAGCAGGAAAUACGGUCAAGUUCCGCUGUCCUGCCUCAGGCAGCCCCAACCCAACUAUCCGCUGGCUGAAGAAUGGGAGGGACUUUCGAGGGGAGCACCGAAUUGGAGGAAUCAGACUGAGGCAUCAACACUGGAGCUUGGUCAUGGAGAGUGUGGUGCCCUCAGACCGAGGCAACUAUACGUGCUUGGUGGAGAACAAAUUUGGCAGCAUCCGCUACAGCUACUUUCUGGAUGUGCUAGAGAGAUCCCCGCACAGGCCUAUCUUGCAAGCCGGGUUGCCUGCCAACACCACUGCUGUAGUGGGCAGCGAUGUGGAGUUCUUUUGCAAGGUAUACAGUGAUGCCCAACCCCACAUACAGUGGCUCAAACACAUCGAAGUGAAUGGCAGCAGCUAUGGUCCAGAUGGUGUCCCCUAUGUGCAGGUCCUUAAGACAGCAGAUAUUAACAGUUCAGAAGUGGAAGUGCUGUACUUGCGCAAUGUCUCCAUGGAAGAUGCUGGUGAAUACACGUGCCUGGCUGGGAAUUCCAUUGGCCUCUCCUACCAGUCUGCUUGGCUCACUGUGCUUCCAGAUGAAGAAGAAGUACAAGAGCUGGAUGCCCCUGAAAUCAAGUACACUGAUAUCAUCAUCUACACCUCAGGGGCUUUGGCCUUGGUGAUGGCUAUUGUAAUUGUUGUCUUGUGCCGAAUGCAAAUUCAGCCAAACAAGCAGCCCCUGGAGCCCAUGGCUGUACAUAAACUCUCCAAAUUCCCUCUCAUCCGACAGUUCUCACUGGAAUCAAGCUCCUCUGGAAAGUCCACCACAUCUCUGAUGCGUGUCACUCGCCUUUCAUCAAGUUGCACACCCAUGUUAGCUGGGGUCAUGGAGGUGGAGCUGCCUCUGGAUGCAAAGUGGGAAUUCCCACGAGACAGGCUGGUGUUGGGCAAGCCUCUAGGUGAAGGAUGUUUUGGGCAGGUGGUAAGAGCAGAAGCAUAUGGUAUUGAUCAGGAACGACCAGAGCGCUCAAUCACUGUUGCUGUUAAGAUGCUGAAAGAUAAUGCCACUGACAAGGAUUUGGCUGACCUCAUCUCGGAAAUGGAAAUGAUGAAACUGAUGGACCAGCAUAAGAAUAUCAUCAACCUCUUGGGUGUCUGUACACAGGAUGGGCCUCUCUAUGUGAUUGUGGAGUUUGCUGCCAAAGGGAACUUGCGGGAAUACCUGCGUGCUCGUCGACCUCCAACACCUGAUUACGCCUUUGAUAUCACCAAGAUGCCUGAAGAACAACUCUCCUUCAAAGACUUGGUGUCUUGUGUCUACCAGGUAGCACGUGGCAUGGAGUACCUGGAGUCCAAACGGUGCAUUCACCGGGACUUGGCUGCCCGCAAUGUCCUUGUCACUGAAGAGAAUGUCAUGAAAAUUGCUGAUUUUGGCUUGGCCCGUGGAGUUCAUGACAUAGACUACUACAAGAAAACCAGCAAUGGCCGUCUACCUGUUAAGUGGAUGGCACCAGAAGCCCUCUUCGACAGAGUGUACACACACCAGAGUGAUGUGUGGUCCUUUGGAAUUCUGAUGUGGGAGAUCUUUACAUUGGGUGGUUCUCCGUACCCUGGCAUUCCGGUGGAAGAACUCUUCAAACUUCUCAGAGAAGGUCACCGCAUGGACAAGCCUUCCAACUGCACCCAUGAAUUGUACAUGAUGAUGAGGGAAUGCUGGCAUGCUGUGCCUUCUCAGCGGCCCACAUUCAAGCAGCUGGUGGAGGGACUGGAUAAAGUCUUGGUGGCUGUCUCUGAAGAGUAUCUGGACCUGUCAAUGCCCUUCGAACAGUACUCCCCAUCCUGUGAGGACACAACCAGCACUUGCUCCUCUGAUGACUCAGUCUUCACCCAUGAGCCUUUGCCCGUUAGCCCUUGCCUUUUCCCCUAUCACAAUGUGAGGACAUGAGAAAAGAGGGGCAGGCUACAGACCCCAGGGAAGGUUGUGGCAUUGGUUUCCCCCACCUGCCUGCCCCUGCUCCAAGAGGAGUUACACAGCUUGGGACAGAGGUUACCACACCAUCCCUGGAAGAAGGAAGAGCUGGCCCAAGAGUCAGCAUCUCAAGCUUCCACAGCCUGCUGGACAUAUGCAACCAAAGGUUCCCUGGCAAGGACUGGACAUCUUCCUUGUAAAACAUCUGCAAGUGCUUCCAUGCUCUCUUUCUAAUCUCAGGUUCUCGCAAGGCUGUUUUUGCUUUAGCUGAGCCUUGUAUGCUGCCAGUGUUCUGAGGAGAAAUAGGACCAGAUAAGCUGGGAGGGACCUAAUCAUAGGGAGAAGAGCACUCUCUCUGUAUUUUGGCCCUCUACCUAGCCCUUGGGACCCAUCUUCCCCAGCCAUGGGGUACCUGCUUGUUUGUUUGAUACUAUUCCCAGUUUAAUAACAUUUUUAAAUGAAAUUUGAUUAUUUGGCAGGAGCCAAACAACUUUCUCAGGCCACCCAGCUUCAUCUGGAUAUACAACCACAAGGACAGAUAACUUAUGCAGGUCAUGGACCUUCCCUUCUGGCUCCUGCAGCCCCCUGUACAUAACCCCAGAGAUAAAUAUUUAUGUACAUAUCAUUUCUAAUGCACAUGAAUUAUCCACACCCAUAAAUUAUUUUUUUUUGGAAUAAA